AUGGCAAGCCUUCACCCUUUUGACCCAAUUACUCCGGGAGAGAUCCAACUCGCCGUUCGGAUUUUGGAAUCCGCUUUCCCAGGCGUCAAGUUGCGUUAUAAGAGAAUCGAUCUUCAGGAACCCAUCAAGCAAGAUGUCAUUCCCUACAUUGAAGCCGAAAGACUAGGCAAGCCCCGUCCACAAAAGCCGGCACGUUUGCUCAUGGUCAUGUUCCACCGUCUGGAUAACGGGUCGUUUUACAAGGCCCUGCUAAAUGCCGAUACUAAGUCCAUCGUGUCCGCCAAGGAACUUCCCAAGGGAAUUCAGGGGCCGCUCGAUGUGGACGAAAUGCUCGAAAUCGAGGAGGUCUGUCUGAACCACCCAGCUGUCAAAGCGGAGAUUGAAAAAUUGAAUCUCCCAUCUGGCAUGACUGUCUGCCUGGAUCCAUGGAUCUAUGGCACCGAUGACUCCAAGGAGACUCGACGGCUGUUCCAGUGCUACAUGUACAUCGUCGCAACAGACCACCCAGGCAAUAACCAAUACUCUCUUCCUUGCCAAUUUUCUCCGGUCUUUGAUGGCAUCACCCACCAGCUGGUCCGCAUGGACUUCCUACCCGGUGGUGCUGAUCACCAGGUCACAGAAACGCAACCGUGGAAGCCUGUGCCCGCCGUCCAGUACGCCCAUGACUUGUUGGAUGAGCCGCUGCGCACAGAUCUGAAACCAUACAUUGUGCAGCAGCCUGAGGGUGCUUCUUUCACUACCAUUGGAAAUGCGGUUUCAUGGCAGAAAUGGCGAUUCCGCGUCGGCUUCAAUAACCGUGAAGGACUAGUGUUGCAUAAUGUGACCUACGAUGGUCGUAACACAUUCUAUCGUUUGUCAUUCUCCGAGAUGACAGUACCAUAUGGAGAUCCCCGUGGUCCUUAUCACCGAAAGCAGGCGUUUGACGUCGGCGACGUGGGCUUUGGUAUCACAGCUAAUCAGCUAGCACUGGGCUGUGACUGCUUAGGCCAUAUCAAAUAUUUCGAUGGUUUCCGUACCGAUGCCCAGGGUACCCCCAUCCAGCUCAAGAAUGUCAUCUGCAUGCACGAGCAAGACGCCGGUCUCCAGCACAAGCACACCAACUACCGCACCGGUGCCGCAACAGUGGUUCGCAACAGACAGCUGGUGGUGCAGAUGAUCUGCACCGUAGCUAAUUACGAGUACAUCUUCGCUUUUAUCUUCGAUCAAGCAGCUAAUAUCGAGCUGGAGGUUCGCGCGACCGGUAUUUUGUCCACGGUGCCUUUCGACAAUACCAAUGGACAGACAGUACCAUGGGGUACGAAUGUUGGUCCCGGCGUCAUGGCUCCCUUCCAUCAGCACAUGUUCUCUCUGCGCAUUGACCCCGCGCUAGAUGGAUUCAAGAAUACCAUUUACUACGAGGAUAGUGUUGCCAUGCUUGAGGAUGACUCGAAUCCUUGGUCUGUAGGCUACACUACCGAAAAGAAUAUCAUCAAGCAGAGUGGCAGCGCCUUUACCAGUGUGGAUCGUCACCGUGUGUUUAAGAUUCGCAACGAUAAUAUUGUCAACCCGAUUACGCAUCACCCCAUCGCCUACAAGCUGCAGACAUCACCAAGUCAAAUGAUUUUGGCUUCGCCAAAGUCAUUUGGAACGAAGCGUGCUCAGUUUGCGACUCGACCGAUUUGGGUGACCAAGUAUCAAGAUGAUGAGCUAUUUGCCGCGGGUGAAUUCACAAAUCAGAGUAAGAGCUCCGACGGUGUGGAGGUCUGGGCUGGUAGAAACGAUGCUGUCGAGAAUGAAGAUGUCGUUUUAUGGCAUACAUUUGGCCUUACUCACAAUCCUCGCAUUGAGGAUUUCCCAGUCAUGCCCAUGGAGCGUGUUAGCGUUAUGCUGAAGCCAGAUGGUUUCUUCACUAAGAACCCUGCUUUGGAUGUUCCCCAGUCUUCGCAGUCGUUCAACAAGUCUACCGAGCACCCCGAGCCGACAUGCUGCUCCGGAUCCCAGGAUCGGAACCAGGUGAAGCUGUAA